UCCUCCCCUUGUAUGACCUGCAGUGCGACGACUCCUGCUGCUGUGUGCCGUACAAGUUACCUUUGGCACAGAGCAAGGAAUGUUCAAAUGUCGGACGACCAGGAAGCCCAAGAAGAUGAACUGCUGGCUCUAGCGAGCAUAUAUGAUGAAGAAGAGUUUCGCAGGGCAGAAUCAGGACAGGAAGGCGAGAUCCAUUUGUGCCUUGAACUUCCUCCAAAUUUCAAGCUGAUAGUCAAGGGGCAGAAAUCCACAGAGUGUUGUAUAUCAUUUCUACCCCCCUUGGUUCUGAGUUUUGAACUCCCUGCUGAUUAUCCAUCAUCAUCGCCUCCAGUCUUUACUCUAAGCUCCAAAUGGCUCACAAGAGUCCAGAUCGCUGCUCUUUGCAAGAGACUGGACGAGCUUUGGGAGGAGAACCAGGGCAGUGUGGUUCUUUUUACCUGGAUCCAGUUCCUAAAGGAAGAGAUUCUAGAAUUCCUGGGCAUCCAAUCUCCACUGGAGAUCCAAAGCAUUGGUGACAAGCUUCAGUGUGAGUCUGGCCAGAAGCAAGCAGCAGAUGCUGGUGGAGAAAAGAGUAAGCCCCAAGAGUUAGACCCAAGAGCUGUUCAAGAAGUCGACCCUCGUACAGACAUCCUAAAGCAACUGCUGGAUUUUGAUGAAGUUCAGAAGCAGAAGGUGUUUGAUGGGAAGGUCUUCUGUUGUGGGAUCUGCUUCUCUGAGAAGCUGGGCUCAAACUGUUUGCUCUUCAAAGAGUGUCAGCAUGUCUACUGCAAGACCUGCAUGAAGGAAUACUUUGAGAUCCAGAUAAGAGACGGCAAUGUCCAGUGCCUUAACUGCCCUGAGCCAAAGUGUACGUCUAUAGCCACUCCAACACAGGUGAAACUUCUGGUGGGAGAAGACGAGUUUGCCCGCUAUGACCGCCUCCUCCUGCAAUCAAGUCUGGACCUAAUGGCAGAUGUGGUAUACUGUCCUCGCAUGAGUUGCUGCAUGGCUGUGAUGGUGGAGCCUGACUCCACAAUGGGCAUCUGCCCCUCUUGUCGUUAUGCAUUCUGCACCCUCUGCAAGCGAAGCUACCAUGGCCUGUCCCACUGCAUAGUUACUGCAGAUGAGCUUCGCGGUUUGCGGGAUGAGUACCUUUCUGCAAGUGACGAGGGAAAGAAGUUUCUUGAAAAGCGUUUUGGGAAACGGGUCAUUCAGAAAGCAGUGGAGGAGUCAUUUAGCACAGACUGGCUGACGAACAACUGUAAAAAGUGCCCUUGCUGUGGCACUAAUAUACAGAAGGUUCAUGGCUGUAACAAGAUGACCUGUUCCUCCUGUCAGAAGUAUUUCUGUUGGAUCUGCUUGGGAACUCUCAGUAGAGUAAACCCCUAUAGCCACUUCAAUAGCCCUGGCUCACUGUGCUUUAACCAAUUGUUUGUGGGAGUGGAAAUGGAAGAGGAGGAAGGCUUGUGGGGUGAUGAAGAUGACUGAUCCGCCAGAAUGAAAAGCUUAAAGGAAGCUGCUUUAUCCAGAGCACUUUGUUUCUCCAUGCACACGACCGGACAACACAAGAAUCAAAUGACCAGAACCUCUCCCUUCUUACCAUUUAUUUAUUUAUUUACUUUUAUUAGCAAAGUUUUAAAAUGUGUUUCUUUACGUUUCCAUUGUGCAUAAGAGCAUCCAUUAAAAAGGUUUUGUUGAACUUAUUUUUUGCUUUGAAGAUUAUGGCUAAGCAAGGUCAAACCUAGAAAUCUAGUUGUUUGUAGAAGUUUUCAACAUUUAAUAUUUUCUUGUGUUUAUGAAAUACUUUUGGCUACACAUUCAUUUCUUAAUGAUUUUUACAAUCAUGCAAUGAAAUGUGUGUGCACUGGAGAAUUAUGGAAUGUAUCUCUUAUUUUGGGUUUCUAUAAAUCUAAGUUUUGGUUUUUAUCAUGAUUUCUUAAUUACACUUACCAAUAGUUUGUGACAUUAAGUACAUGUUAAAAAAAUGUUGGACGUUUGAAACAUGUUGGACUGACUUAAAAAUAAAGGAAAUGUAACAAAAUGAUUGUCUUUAAUUUGUUGUCAAAAUGGGCCUGAACAUUAAGAUUUUAGGUUAAAAUGUAUAUUUGUAUAAAGGACAAUAUAUAUUUUAGGUGCUUUACUGGUCACUGUUUCUAAUCCCCAUUUUCAUUUUUGUAGUUCUUAAAUCCAAGUGUGAAAAUGAUAUUGGUUUUAGUUACACUGCUUUUGCUUUCAGUGGCAUGUUUCGUUAUUUCUGUUGUGCUGUUUAAAACAGAAGAUGCUUAAAAACCCAAUGGGUUGUUUUCUCAAUUUUGGGCAAAACUGUGGCAAGGUACAGAAUUAAA